GAAAUGUCAACUGAAAUCUCAAAAGUCCACUCAUUGAAACAGCAAUGAUGGGAGAAGUUUGAUAAAGUGCGGCAUUGACAUGAUCAUAGCUGUGCCCACUGGAAUCAAAAUCUUUAGUUGGAUCGCUACCAUGUGGGGACGUAUGAAUUUCCUUCAGUGUAGAUAGACCAAAAAUGGGAAUAAAGGGAUAAGAAUAGGAGUUAUAGUUCAAUUGGAAGAAGAGGCACCAGUGGGAACAUCUCUACCGCCGAAAUAAACGUGGCCCGUAAUACAUGUAGAAACCUGUUUAUGUCUGGAUAUUUCAGUAUUUCACACCAUUUUGUUGUCAGCCAAGGAACCAAUAUUGGUAUCAUGUUGUUUCCUGUCGGAUCGUAUUGUCUCAGUGCAGUGUUGUUUCCUGUCGGAUCGUAUUUUAUCUGAGCAAACUGAAAUCUCAGAAGUCCACUUGUUGAGUCUCCAGCCGAGGAGCUGGAUACAUCCAUUCGCUGGAGGAUAUGAUUUUUAAGGUACACAUUAUAUAUUUCCACCUCGAAGUUUCGUGCCAUUGACUUGCUAUUUCCCAACCUGUUACAACUUACAAGAUUAAGAAGAGAAAGUUCAAAGUAAACACCAACUGUUUACCUCUUCUAGCGAGGGCAGCAAUGAAGAUGGAAGUAGACAACUGAAAUGUCAACUUCGGAACUAGCCUACUAUAUUUGCGAAGUCUUUGUAUUUUUUUUUUGCGGGGAAGUCUUUGCAUUAUGGUUGCUUGUAUGAGUACAUUCCCAGAAUCACAUACCGCGGCUGCACUGCAAUUCUUCUGGUAGCAUCGUCAAAUGGAUUGGUCAUCUCUCACCUGUUCAGCAAUCGUCCUGAUCAUUCUGUUCCUGCCGUUCGGUGCCUCUGACGACCGGCUUGUCCCUGGCAAGCCACUCACCCCCGGCACAACCAUUGUCUCGGAUGGCGGUGACUUCGCCUUGGGCCUCUUCUCAUCUGGCUCGAUGCAGUCCAACCUGUACCUCGGCAUCUGGUACAACGGCAUCCCCGAGCUCACCAUGGUGUGGGUCGCCAACCGGGAAACCCCACUCACGAACAGCACUUCCUCCGCGCCGACGCUCUCCCUCACCAGCACAUCCAAUCUUGUUCUCUCUGAUGGUGAUGGCAGUCGUGUUGUUUGGACAACUGACGUGGCUUCCUCGAGCUCGUCUUCACCAGAGGCGGUGCUUCUGAAUACUGGUAACCUCGUCAUCCAGUCACCUAAUGGCAGCAGGGUUUGGCAGAGUUUUGACCACCCGACCGACACGUUCCUACCUGGCAUGAAGAUGCGGAUCAGGUACAGGACACGCGCCGGUGAGCGCCUGGUGUCCUGGAAAGAAGCCGGAGACCCUUCUCCUGGGAGCUUCUCCUACGGCUGCGAUCCGGCCACGUCCAUCCAGAUGUUCCUCUGGGAUGGGUCGCGCCCGGUGUACCGCAGCACCCCGUGGACCGGGUUCCAGGUGAAGAGCGAGGGCGAGCACCUGAUAACCAACACCAGCGCCAUCGUCAUAUCCCUGGCCUUCGUCAACACUGACGAGGAGAGCUACACGAUGUUUAGUGUCUCUGAGGGUGCGUGGCACACCAGGUUCGUGCUGACCUACUCCGGCAAGCUCCAGUUCCAAAGCUGGAAUAGUAGCUCUUCCGCAUGGGUAGUCUUUGGGCAGUGGCCACGCCACAAAUGCAACCACUACGGCUACUGCGGCCUGAAUGGCUACUGUGACGAGACAGUGUCACCUAUUCCGACAUGCAAGUGCCUUGACGGUUUCAAGCCGACGAGCACUGAGGAGUGGGAUAACAACAAGUUCUGGAAAGGGUGCCAACGGAGAGAGGCGCUGCAGUGUGGCGAUGGUUUUGUGCCCUUGUCGGGGAUGAAGCCACCGGAUAAGUUCAUGCUCGUCGGUAACACAUCGUUGAAGGAGUGUGCUGCGGCAUGCAGCCGCAACUGCUCCUGCAUGGCCUACGCUUACGCCAACCUGAGCAGCAGCAUUGCCAGCGGAGACAUGACAAGGUGCUUGGUGUGGGUGGGGGAGUUGGUUGACAUCGGGAGGCUAGGCUCAAGCACCGCCAGCGACACGCUCUAUCUGCGGCUUGCAGGCUUAGGUGCAGCAUCUGGUAAAAGGACAAGGAGCAAUGCCGUGAAAGUUGUGUUACCGGUUUUAGGAAGUAUUGUUCUGAUACUCGUGUGCAUUUCCAUUGCAUGGUUGAAAUUCGAAGGCAAGGACAACCAGGAAAAACACAAGAAGUUGCCAUCUGAUGGUUCAAGUGGUCUUGAAUUUCCAUUUGUAAGAUUUGAGGAAAUUGCCCUUGCAACACACGAGUUCUCCGAAACAUGUAUGAUUGGACUUGGAGGCUUUGGCAAAGUUUACAAGGGAACACUAGGUGGUCAAGAAGUUGCUAUCAAAAGGCUAAGUAUGGAUUCUCAACAAGGAGUAAAUGAAUUCAAAAAUGAAGUAAUUCUUAUUUCCAAAUUGCAACACAAAAAUUUGGUUCGACUUCUUGGAUGUUGUGAGAAGGGAGAUGAAAAGUUAUUGAUCUAUGAGUAUUUGCCUAAUAAAAGCUUAGAUGCCACCCUUUUUGAUGAUUCAAGAAAACAUUUGCUUGAUUGGGGUACACGGUUAACCAUAAUUAAAGGUGUCGCAAAGGGGCUUCUCUAUCUUCAUGAAGAUUCAAGACUGACCAUAAUUCACAGAGAUCUCAAAGCCGGGAACGUUUUGCUAGAUGCAGAGAUGAAACCUAAAAUAGCAGAUUUUGGUAUGGCGAGGAUCUUCGGUGAUAACCAGGAAAAUGCAAACACCCAACGCGUUGUCGGAACAUUUGGUUACAUGGCCCCUGAGUAUGCAAUGCAAGGUAUCAUCUCUACCAAAUCCGACAUCUAUAGUUUUGGCGUGUUACUACUGGAGAUCGUAACUGGUAUGAAGAGAAGCUCCACUAGUCAUGCAAGGGGCUUUCCGAGCCUCAUAAUCUAUUCGUGGAAUAUGUGGAAAGAUGGGAAGGCAGAGGAAUUGGCUGACUCAUCUAUUAUAGAUACAUGCCUACUAGAUGAGGUGUUGCUUUGCAUUCAUGUAGCACUCUUGUGUGUCCAAGAAAACCCAAAAGACAGACCACACAUGUCAUCGGUUGUGUUCACCCUAGAGAAUGGAAGCACUACACUCCCAAUUCCCAGUCGGCCUGCAUACUUUCUGGGACAGAGCACUGAAUUGGAGCAACUCAGAAACAAUAUUCAGAAUUCCGUGAAUACUUUAACUCUUACUGGUAUAGAGGGUCGAUGAAAUACUUCAUUACUUUUAUAUGUGUUGGACAUUGUGUAAAGAAAGGCUUGUCCACGAGUGGUCGUUGUUUGUAGUUUAGUGGUGGAGGGAAGUUGUUUGAUGCCACCUACACAGGCUUGAUCCAUAAAGUUUUUGUUCUACUGAAUGAUUCUUGUUUGUGCCCAUGAAAUAUGUUCAUAAUAAAGGAUGGUCGAGUGUUAGUGUGCA